CUUAUCUUUAAGAAUGAAUGUUCGUUUUCAGAUUGAGUAUUGUUGAUAAAAUGCCGUUAUAUUUGGGUAAUUUGAUAUUGCUAAUUCAACACAUUUGAUCGAGCAAAGAAAAAAGUUCCUGAGCUUCAAUGAUUUGAAAAAUUCUUUUUAAUCAGUUUAUUGAUUAUCAACCAUUCAUUUGAUUUUUAGUUAUACCUUUAUUUUUCAAGUAAACUCAUAAAGCUUAGGGAUAUUGUGCAAUAGAAACAUCCAUUACUUAAACUGAAAUCACAAUAAAUAUCAUAAGAGGCGUGUCGAGCAGUCAUGCAAUUCAAGAACAACAAUUCAAAGUAAGUUAAAUUAUAGUUAUUCCUAAUUUAGUUUGAUAGUUUGUUAUUAUCUUGUGUUUACUAAACAUUGCUCUGUAAAUGAAGGAUCUAAACCAUUGUAAAACUUUUAAUUGAAGCCUCAAAACCGAUUAACUUCUCAGAUUGGAAUGUUAUGAUCGUUAUUAAUUAAUCUCUACCGAUUUUUUUCUAUUUAAUUCUUCAGUACAACAUUUCAACGGAUAACUUGAUUUUGAACAACAGAAUGCUUAGAGGAGGUCAAAUCAACUAAGUUACAUAAAUGGCAAAGUAACCGCGACCGCUACAGUUACGUAAUAUCCAUCGCCAUUGCGUAAUCAUUGCAUGUCUGUCAGUUGUGAUUGAAGGAGAGGUUAUCCUUACAAUUUCGAAACAUAUCCCUGUUAACUACUCUUACUUGAACUUCAGUCUCGUCACAAAUUGUAUAACACCAUAAAUUUACGAUUACCUCAAGUAGUUCAACCGGAAGUACAGGUAAAGCAGAAAGUUUAAAUAAUCCAUCAAAUGAUGAACGUUUGAUUUGAAAAUUUUUGGGAAACCGAAUUCGUUUUAGCUUACUUCUUUGCUGAUUUAUCUCAAAAACAGCUGAAAUUAUCUAAAUUUAAUUUUAUUGGGUAUCCGAUUUUCAAAAUUAAUUACAUCCCAAUAGUUACAUAGUUACUAGCUUACCACACGACUCAGCCGAGAGUUACUUAACAGUAUGUUUGACCUUGACGGGGACGCGGCGAACAGUGCUCAGGUGGUGUCGUCCCCAAGCAGAUUCCCAGACUCGGUUACCACAUGUCUCACUAUUCCAUCACAUCUCAUCAACUCACAGGGAACUGAAAAAGACCGACAGACCAGCUAUAAUGCUGCGUUCCUGACUGACAUCGACUCGAACAACAGCUACAGUGUGCCUUGGCUGCUGAAUGCGGUGAGGGGCAAGCCUCUGUUGGUCUCCCUCGUGGGACUACCCGGCAGGGGAAAGACAAUCAUAGCACACAAGCUUCACCGCUUCCUCCUAUGGAACAAAAUCAGAUGCGAGGUGUUUCACUUAAGCUACUAUCGACGUCAAAUGGCACCCGACUUUCCCGAACACGUGAUCAACCAGCCCCUAAAAUCGAACGAGGAACCACUUCGUGCUGAGUGCUUCAAAAUGCUGUUUGAAGACAUCGACCUGUUCUUCUCAGAGGGGCUGAAACAUGUGGCUUGCAUGAAUGAUACCGGCAUUGCAGGUGGGAGCAGCACUUCGACUCUGAAGGAGUUCGGCGGCAAAACUAGUGUGGGAUCUGAAGACAUGCCUUUCUUGCAGCAAGUGAGAGGAAACGUGGCCAUCUUUGACUUCGCCAAUUCACGAAAAUCAUACAGGCGCGAGCUAGUUGAGUUUUGCCACUCGAGAGACUACGAUCUGUGUUUCCUGGAGAGCAUCACAGAUGACCUCAACCUCAUCCAGCUGUACAUAGCAGGGAUUGAACAGUCGAACCCUGACUAUCUCAAUAUGAGCAGAGAGGCUGCGGUGGUGAAGUUUGAGAACCACUUUAGAGACUACGCAGAUUCUUACGAGCAGUUAGACGAACAAUCGGAGAACGACCUCGCCUUCCUGAAGAUCUUCGACGGGGGAGUGAGGUUCAGAGUUCACAAUAUGAAUGGCUACAUGCAGAGCAAGAUGGUGUACUACUUGAUGAGUCUGCACUUUGCAAGACAGCCCAUCUACAUCACCAGACACGGGGAGGCUCUCAACAAUACACUGGGCAUAGUGGGAGGAGACAGUGAGCUCACAGCCAGAGGUGUGAAGUACGCGGACGCAUUUGCAGACUUCAUCAACAACCUUCCGGAGAUGAAACAAUUCCAAGAAAGUGGAUCCUGCUGUGAUGGACCAGGCCUGCAGGUGUGGGCGAGUGUGUUGAAGCGUGCACAGCAGACUGCCGCCAGACUGAAGAGUCCGGUUCUGUGUUGGAAUGCCCUGAGGGAACUAGACGCGGGCGUGUUCGAUGGGAAGACUUACGACUUCAUAGAGGCCAAGUUUCCCCAGGAGGCCGCCAACCGCAGAUUUGACAAGUUCAAGUAUCGUUAUCCGGACGGGGAGUCUUACGAUGAUCUGGUGACGAGACUGGAGCCAGUGAUCAUGGAACUGGAACGGACCAGAUCCACCAUCGUCAUAGUAUGUCACCAAGCUGUCAUGAGGUGUCUCAUGGCCUACUUGCUGAACAGAAGCUUCGACGAAUUGCCCUACUUAGAUGUGCCCCUUCACCACCUGUUCAAAAUAACCCCUACUGCCUAUGGCUACGAAGCCGAGGACAUAAAUCUAAAUGUACCCUCAAACGAGUAUACCAACUCCAGAGAACGCAGGAAGAAGAGCUCAGUACUUGGAAAGCCUGCUAAUUUUCUAUGACUGUAGCUGACAACUCGAACUUGUGCUGCAUUCUAAAAACGAAGCAUCCAAUUCAGAUCCGAAGGAAGAACCGAAAACUACAACUAUCGUUUACCUAAUGCAAGUGCUGCAACUGUUCGAAAACACCAAGUAUAAUAAUUUUAUAAAUGUCUGUUUAGUGGCUGUAAUAAACAGAUAUAGCGCAUGAACAAAUAUUGAUUGGUUUUUAAAACAGAGGUAAAUAUCAUGUUUUGACUAUGUCUGUUUCUUACAUGAACGCUCUUCUCCAAAACGAUGCUUUGUUGUAGCUAGUUUUUAAAUAGUUUUUCGUCCAUUUGAAACGGAUUUAUGAGAUUGUUUUGGUGUUCCUAUGCUGAUUUUUUUAAA